CUACUUCAUAUAAACAAAUAAUAACCCUAAAUCGUAUGCUGUUUUGUGCGACCUUUCCUUCUCCAAUUUUCAGUUCCAAAGUCUCCAGAGACUUCUAAUCCGGAAUACAGAACACCACAUACUGAAUCUACACCCACACAAUCCGCCGUGUUGAUUGGGAGUUGAAUCGAGCCAUCAAUGGCGUCUUCGGAUCUCGAAACGAAGGCUAAAGAGGCGUUUAUAGAUGACCACUUCGAACUAGCCGUUGACCUCUACUCUCAAGCCAUUGCCUUGAGUCCUAACAACGCCGAACUAUUUGUUGAUCGCGCUCAGGCUAAUAUUAAGCUCGGGAACUUCACUGAGGCUGUUGCUGAUGCAAAUAAAGCGAUUGAGUUGAACCCUGCUACGGCAAAAGCAUAUCUACGUAAAAGUGUCGCAUGUAUGAAGCUUGAAGAGUAUCAGACUGCUAAGACAGCCUUGGAAACUGGUGCUUCUUUGGCUCCUGGUGAUUCCAGGUUUACUAAUUUGAUCAAAGAAUGUGAUGAGCGCAUAGCCGAGGAAGCUGGAGAGCUGCCUACAAAGUUGGUUGAUAAAGCUCCAAUAGAUGUGGCAACUUCAAGUGAUUUUCCACCAGCCACGCUUUCCCCAGCCACUGGCUUGUCCAGUCAAGUGACAACAGUCUCAUCUACUAAACCAAAAUACAGGCAUGAAUUUUAUCAGAAACCAGAUGAAGUUGUAGUAACAAUAUUUGCAAAGGGUAUAGCAGCAAAUUGUGUUGUGGUUGACUUUGGGGAACAAAUACUCAGUGUUACCAUCGAGGUGCCUGGUGAAGAACCAUAUCAGUUUCAACCUCGGUUAUUUGGAAAGAUAGUUCCCACCAAAUGUAGAUAUGACGUCAUGUCUACAAAAAUUGAAAUUCGACUAGCCAAAGCAGACACUGUCCACUGGACCUCCCUUGAAUUUAGGAGGGACGUUGCUGUUGUACAGAAAGCUAAUGUGCCUUCAGUUAAUCUAAAACCCGCUUAUCCUUCCUCCAAACCAAAAAGAGUGGAUUGGGAUAAGUUGGAAGCUCAAGUGAAAAAGGAGGAAAAGGAAGAAAAACUAGACGGUGAUGCAGCUUUGAACAAGUUUUUCAGAGAGAUAUACCGUGAUGCUGAUGAGGACACAAGACGAGCCAUGAGCAAAUCUUUUGUCGAGUCAAAUGGAACUGUGCUGUCGACAAAUUGGAAAGAAGUGGGUUCAAAGAAGGUUGAGGGAAGCCCUCCCGAUGGCAUGGAGUUGAAGAAAUGGUAGCACUGAAGCUCUCCCUUGUUUCUCACUCGACCAAAUUCGCUUUUGCGCACAGAGUUCCCUUGGUUGUGCUUGAACUUGUUCAUAUUUUCACCUUAGCUCAGUCCAAAGUUACCUAUUCAUAUGUCCAUGAACUUAAGUUAAAAGUGAAUUUCCUUGGAGAUGUAAGAUAUAUUCUCUCUCUCAUAUACUUAUCCAGUUGCCUUUUGACACCUUUCCUAUGUUGUCUCUUGUUAAAAUGGCUGUGAGAUUCAGUUGCUUUCAA